CGAGCGCAGCGGCAGUGCUGGCGCCUCAGAGCGGCUGAGGGGAAAGACCUGUGUCGUUCCCUCACCUUCGUCGUGAGGCGGGGUGUGUGUGUGUGGAAGGGAAGUGCACACAUUUAUAUAAAUACAAAAAAAAAUAAAUAAAGCCGCCUUCGUCGUGAGGGAGGGCGCGGCGGUGACCCGUUCAGGGAUGUUGUGAGGGAAGCUGCUGGCGCCUGGGCCGUCACGAUGCAUCUCCAUCAGGUGCUGACCGGAGCUGUCAACCCCGGCGACAACUGCUACUCGGUCGGGGGCGUCGAUGACAUCCCGUUCACGGCGUAUGCUUCAGGAUGUGACAUAGUCAUUUUAGGAAGUGACUUUGAAUGUGUUCAGAUCAUCCCUGGUGCUAAACAUGGAAAUAUCCAAGUUGGCUGUGUGGAAUGUUCCCUUCAGCAAGGCCGGAUUGCUGCUUCAUAUGGGAACACUGUUUGCAUUUUUGAGCCAAUACCAUUAAGGCAUUACAAAAGAAAACUUGUCCUAAACUAUCAAUGGCAGAAAAGGGGGCAGUUUUUCCUUCAGUCCAUGGCAUACAACUUGGCUUGGGAUCCACAAGGUAAUCAAUUAUUGACAGCUACAGAUCAUCUGCAGUUAUGGUCACCUCCCACUGAUGACAUUCUAGAGGAAGAAAGUGCUGAGGAUUGCAAAUUACAACCAGAUUUAAAUGACUGGAAAUGUAACUGGCAGUGCAAGACUGCUAUUCCAAUAUAUCUCAUGAAGUGGUCCCCUGAUGGAGAAUACUUUGCAACAGCAGGAAAGGAUGACUCCCUUCUGAAAGUAUGGUAUCUGACUGCAGGAUGGAAAUCUGCAGUUAUAAGUGGAGAAAUUCCUGGGGAUAAAAGUGCUUCUACAGCUAUAGACUUUUCCUUUGUAUAUCUGGCGCAUCCUCGUGCAGUAACAGGAUUUUCAUGGCGGAAGACCAGUAAAUAUAUGCCAAGGAGCUCUGUGUGCAAUGUGCUUCUGACUUCAUGUCAAGAUGGUAUCUGCCGGCUGUGGGCUGAAACAUUAUUGCCAGAAGAUAGUCUUUUUGGAGGACAAGUGGCAGAGACUACCAUCAGUAUGUCAACCAGCAAUCUCUCUCACGGUGGAGGUCAGAAGGACAAAAUCCAGCAUGCUCUGGAGACAAUUCAUCAUUUGAAGCAUCUAAGUGGGCGUCGCAGAUCUUCAGUCCUGACUGCCCAUAUGGAAGUUUUGCCAAGCCAGCUUGGAACACACGAAGUCCACAGACAAAUUUCACACUAUGCUAAUGCGCUUUGCCACUUCCAUAUUGCAGCAAGCAUUAAUCCGAAUACAGAUAUUCCACCAGCACUAGCUGGAACAGCUUUAAACAUCGAAGAAGGUGGUGGAAAUUUUGUGGUUCAUUGGCUGAACAACAAAGAGCUACAUUUUACAUCGUCUAAAAUAUUCAUGGAGCAUUUGAGGAAACUCGCAGAUCAGCAGAUGGAGGAUGAGGUUGACAUUGUCAGUCAGAAUGGAUUGAAAGUGAAACUAGACACUGAACAAGAAGAAACUUCAGAGAAGGGAUCAGAAUAUGAUAUUGAAGAGGCUGAACAAGAUGCAAGAAUCAAAAUAUCUUCACCAUCUUAUGCUGGAGUUCCACUACCCACCAUUUUGUUAGAUCGAAAAAUUGAAGCACUGCAAACUGAGUGGAACAAGAAUGCCGAUAUGCUGUUUACGAUCCAUCCUAUAGAUGGUUCAUUUUUAGUGUGGCAUGUGAAGUAUUUAGAUGAGUACCAUCGAAUAUUCAGACAAUUGCAGGUUGCAUUUUCAUCUCGGAUUCCUGUUGCUUUUCCUACUGGUGAUGCCAACUCACUCAGCAGAAAUAUAAUGAUGUAUGCAUGCACUGUUACAAAUGUUAAGCAUCUACCUGAUAAUGAUCCAAGAAUCAAUGGAGUGACCCAUUGUGUGAAUGGUUCAAAAAUAAAUAUCGUCACUCCAUCUGUUAUGAUGAUUUCAAAACACAUUGAUGGAUCAUUAAAUCAGUGGGCAGUAACUUUUGCUGAAGAAUCUGCCUUUAGCACAGUUCUGAUUGUAUCACACAAAUUCAGAUAUUGUGGACAUCGUUUUCACCUAAAUGAUUUGGCUUGCCAUUCAGUGCUACCCUUGCUGUUGACUUCUUCACAUCACAAUGCUCUCAUGACACCUGAAUCUGACGUUAAAGAAAAGAUCCAGAUAGAACCUGUGAAAUCCUUAAAAGGGCCAAGAACGCAACAGGUUAAAAAUGCUGCCACACGAACAUUUCAUGAUCCUAAUGCCAUCUACAGUGAACUAAUCCUAUGGCGUAUGGACCCAAUUGGACCAUUAUCAUAUUCUGGGGGCGUUUCGGAGUUGGCACGUAUCAAUUCCCUGCACACUUCAGCCUUUUCAAAUGUAGCCUGGCUUCCAACAUUGAUCCCGAGCUAUUGCCUUGGCACAUACUGCAACUCUGCCAGUGCUUGCUUUGUUGCUUCUGAUGGUCAGAAUCUCAGGCUUUACCAGGCUGUUGUUGAUGCAAGGAAACUUCUGGACGAACUCUCUGAUCCAGAAAUAUCCAAACUUGUUGGAGAAGUAUUCAACAUAGUAAGCCAGCAAUCAACAGCUCGUCCAGGUUGCAUUAUUGAACUGGAUGUAAUAACAGCUCAGUGUGGCUCGCACACACAACUACUUCAUGUAUUCCAAGAAGAUUUUAUCCUGGGAUAUAAGCCACAGGAAGAAAAAAUUAAUAAGGAGCAGGAAUUUUCUUUUACUCAACCCACACAAGGAUAUCAUGCACCAUCAUUCUCCGAAAAGUUCUACCUUGUGGUCAUAGAACGUGACAAGAGGCAAUCUGUUCUUCAUAUGUGGCACCUCCAUUUGAAGUCUGUGCAGCCCCGUAUGGCAGAAGUGAGCACAUCAGAUAAACAGCUGACUAUAUCAGAAGAGAAGAGCUUUCGUUUAUUACCAAAUUCUCUCCCACGCUCUGCAUCAGUUGCUAAUCUUCAGACUGCUAGCAAAUUGAUACUUAGCUCCAAAUUGGUCUAUAGUCAACAGUUAAAUCUGCCUGAGGGAGUGGAAGUAAUCCGAGCAACUCCUUCUGCAGGUCACUUGAGUUCAUCUUCUAUUUAUCCAGUCUGCCUUGCGCCUUAUCUAAUAGUGACAUCGUGCUCUGAUGGUAAAGUGAGGUUCUGGCGAUGUACUGUGGAUAAAAACUCAAACUCUGAAGAAGUACGUGCAUAUCGGUGGGAAACUUGGCCUUUGAUGAAUGAGGAAGGAGAACACAAUAACAGUGCAGUGAGUGUCACUGGGCGCCCAGUGGCUGUGAGCUGUUCAUACACAGGGCGUUUAGCUGUGGCUUACAAAGAGUCUCUACAGCCUAAUGGCAUUACGUCAAAAGAAUUUUCAAUGCACGUCUCCAUUUUUGAGUGUGAAUCUACUGGAGGAUCAGAAUGGGUGUUGGAGCAGACAAUUCGUUUGGAUGAUUUAGGCAAGGUUGGAGGUGUCCUGGAUUCAAGAGUUAGUGUCGACAGCAAUUUAUUUGUGUACAAUAAAUCAGACCUUUAUCUUAAAGGCAAAAACAUGAUGUCUAACAUCAAACAUUUAGUGCACUUGGACUGGGUGUCAAAGGAAGAUGGUUCUCAUAUUCUUACAGUAGGAGUGGGUUCCAAAAUUCUAAUGUAUGGAAGAUUGUCAGGGAUUGUAACUGAGCAAGCCACAAGUAAAGAUGGGUUAGCUGUAAUUACUUUGCCACUAGGGGGAAGCAUUAAACAAGGCACCAAGUCAAAAUGGGUAUUGCUGAGAUGUGUGGAUUUGAUAUCUUCUGUAGAUGGAACACCUUCACUUCCAGUUUCUUUAUCCUGGGUAAGAGAUGGCAUUCUAGUAGUUGGGAUGGACUGUGAAAUGCAUGUGUAUGCACAGUGGAAGCAUUCUCCAAAACCAUUAAGCGAUACUGAAAAUGGGAGUUUGUCAUCUUUUGAUGAAUUAGCUGAUGCCGACACAUUUGAGACUAAAAUGCUUCCAAAACGUCACAGUGUUGUUGAUGGAACAACUAUUGUAGAUGAUGUGUUUGGGGUCCCAGGAAUGAUUCAAGAUGGCGGAUUGUUUGAAGCUGCUCAUAUUCUUUCUCCUACUCUUCCUCAAUAUCACCCCACUCAGCUACUGGAACUCAUGGAUUUAGGCAAGGUGCGCAGAGCUAAGGCAAUCCUUUCACAUUUGGUUAAAUGUAUUGCUGGAGAAGUUGCCAUCUUUAGGGACAAAGACCCAGGAGAAGGAGGAGGACCUCGACGCCACCUUUCUCGAACCAUCAGCGUAAGUGGAAGUACAGGGAAAGAUACAAUUAUAGCUGGAAGAGAAGGUACUCGUGAUUAUACAGAAAUAGACUCAAUUCCACCACUACCUCUUUAUGCAUUGCUAUCAGCUGAUCAGGACACAUCUUAUAAAAUUGCAGAAGAAACUGCUAAAGUAGACAAACGUUCACAACCUCAGAGUAAAAAAAUGGAGGAUCAGUAUGCUGAUUUGUUUCAGUCUCCAAGUUUAAGCACAGAUGACUUUGUUGACUUUGUAGUCGAAAAGAAGGAAUCUAAGUCCAAAAUCAUUAACUUAUCCCAGUAUGGACCAACGUACUUUGGCCCCGAACAUGCUCGUGUGCUUUCCAGUCAUUUGAUCCACUCAAGUUUGCCGGGACUUACACGAUUAGAACAGAUGUUCCUUGUAGCUUUAGCUGACACGGUGGCUACUACAAGCACAGAAGUCAAUGAAAACAGGGACAAGGAUUAUUCUGGUGAAACUUUGGAUGAAUGUGGUUUACGUUAUUUGCUUGCCAUGCGCUUGCAUAUUUGCCUCUUGACCUCACUGCCUCCAGUCUAUCGACUUCAGCUUUUACAUCAAGGCUUGUCUACAUGCCACUUUGCCUGGGCCUUUCAUUCUGAAGCUGAGGAAGAGUUGCUUAGUAUGAUUCCUGCCAUGCAGAAAGGGGAUCCUCAGUGGUCUGACCUGAAAGCCAUGGGAGUAGGCUGGUGGAUUCGAAAUAUUAAUACACUCCGCAAGUGCAUUGAGAAGGUUGCAAAAGCUGCUUUUCAGAGAAACAAUGAUGCAUUGGAUGCUGCAUUAUUUUAUCUUGCUAUAAAGAAGAAGGCUGUACUCUGGGGUUUAUUCAGAUCUCAGCAGGAUAAAAAGAUGACUGAGUUUUUCAAACACAAUUUUAGUGAAGAUAGAUGGCGUAAAGCAGCUUUAAAAAAUGCAUUUGCUUUGCUGGGUAAACAGCGCUUUGAGCAAGCUGCUGCAUUUUUCCUUUUGGCUGGUUCUUUAAAGGAUGCUAUUGAGGUGAUCCUGGAAAAAAUGGACGAUAUCCAGUUGGCUAUGAUUAUUGCACGACUGUAUGAAUCUGAUUAUGAAACGUCCUCUACUUGUAAAUCUAUCCUUUAUGAGAAGGUUCUUGGCUGUAAGCCAGGUGGGUCUGAGUUUGCACCAAGUAAACUGCAUCCAGAUCCAUUCCUGCGGAGUAUUGCGUAUUGGACUCUGAAGGAUUAUUCCAAUGCAUUGGAUACUCUGUUAGAACAACCUACAAAGGGUACUGAAGAACAUCCAGGAAUUCUCAUAAAGUCUUGCAAUCCAGUAGUCUUCAGUUUUUACAAUUAUCUUCGUGCCCAUCCACUACUGAUGAGAAGGCACUUUGUUCCUCCUGAAGGGUCAUUGGCUACUUUAGGACUUGCCACAGAGAAAAUCAAUGAAGAUGAAAUUAACCUCAUUGAGAGGAAAUUAUUUUUCACCACAGCAAAUGCUCAUUUUAAAGUUGGUUGCCCAGUCUUGGCUCUUGAAGUACUGUCUAAAAUCCCUAAAGUCAUGAAAAAAUCAAAGCCAUCCUUAACAACUGAAAAUGCUGAUUUGAGUGUCCAAGACCAAAAUGGUAUAGCAGAAAUUGGAGGAAGCGCUAAAGAUGUAAACUGGUCACAGACUGUAGCAGGUUCAUCGGGCCUGGACUGGGAAACCAGUAAUUCUGCUGGCAUUGACUGGGGUGCACCAGUAGUGACAUUUUCUGAUGAGCCACUAAAACUUGAAUGGGAUGAUGAUUUAGAAGAUGAAAAUGAAGAGAGAGAGGCAGGUGGAUUGAUCAUGAAAGAUGCAGAAAUGGUGAAUGAGGCUAACGAUGAGAAAGGAGUUCCUGGAGGGUCCCAAACUGUUCCAAGAGAGGAUUCCAUUUCUACUGACUCUCGAGUUGAUGUAAUAGCAGAACAGUUAAAAUUCAGAGCUUGUUUGAAAAUUCUAAUGACUGAACUUCGAACAUUAGCCACAGGAUAUGAAGUGGAUGGAGGAAAGCUCAGAUUUCAACUGUACAACUGGUUAGAAAAAGAAAUUCAUGCAAUGCACCAAAUCUGCAAUUAUAAAACUGAAGUGAAAGAUUUGGUGGUUGAAAUAGAUAAAAAGAUCAGUGGUUCAUUUGACCAAGAUGAAUUAACUGAAAGUACAGAAGGCGCUUCAUAUGAGAGGCAUCAGAUUGAUCGGAGGAGGCUCCAAGCAAAGCAAGAGCAUGCAGAAAGGAGGAAAUGGUGGCUGCGGAGAAAUCAAGCUCUGCUUAGAGUGUUUCUCAGCUAUUGCAGCCUGCAUGGAGCUCAGGGUGGUGGCUUAGCGUCGGUCAGAAUGGAACUUAUCUUCCUGUUACAAGAAUCACAGCAGGAAACUACUGUGAAGCAGCUUCAGUCCCCUCUUCCUUUACCUACGACUUUGCCCCUCCUUUCUGCAACCAUUGCUUCAACGAAAACUGUGAUAGCCAACCCCAUCAUGCAUUUGAGUAAUCACAUCCAUGAUAUCUUGUACACAGUGGUACAGAUGAAUUGUCCACCUCUUCCAGGUCUUAAGGAUGAGAAGGUUUUUAUUCUGCACACUUCAGCAGCUUCACUCUCAGCCUGCAUUUACCAAUCUCUUUGUGACAGCCACAGCUACAGUCAAACAGCUACAAACCUGUUCACAGGUAUGGUUUAUCAGGGGCUUCUAUUGGGUGAAAGACGUAGACUGCGGACCGAAAGCAUUGAAGAGCACGUAACUCCCAAUUCUUCACCUUCACAUUGGCCUGGUGUUUCAUCACUGAUUAAUCUUCUAGGAUCUGUUCAGGAAGAUGAUCAACCCAAACUGAAUGUGUUGCUUUGUGAGGCAGUGAUUGGUGUUUAUCUAAGUCUUUUGAUUCAUGGUCUUGCUACUCAGGAUAGUAAUGAGCUCUUUCGUUUAGUUGCUCAUCCACUAAAUAAUCGGACCUGGGCUGCAGUAUUUGGAGGAGGUGCAAAAACUAUAAUAAAACCUAAAAAGCGGCCAGAACUUACACCAGUUCCUCCAGAAGACAUUGAUCGAUACCGCCGGAGAUUUAACAUGAAAAUGUUGGUUCCUGGUAGACCUGUAAAGGAGACUUCAACACCACCACCUGUACCUGCAGAUAGACCUUCAUACAAAGAAAAAUUCAUUCCACCUGAACUCAGUAUGUGGGACUAUUUUGUAGCCAAGCCAUUCCUGCCUCCAUCUGAGAGUGGAUUUAUGUACGAUUCAGAUGAAAGUAUUCCUAGUGACGAUGAUGACGACGACGAUGAUGAUGAUGCUUUUAUUUCUGACAUUCAGCUGCAAGAACAUUCUGAUCCUAAUUCGUACAGUUGGGCUCUGAUACGUUUAGGAAUGGUUAAGCUCGCUCUGAACAAUGUGAAAAACUUCUUUCCUGUUGUAGGGUUGGAUUUUGCAGAUCUUCCAGUAACUUCUCCUUUGGGUAAUGCUGUUAUGAAAACCUUGGAAAACUGGCAGCAGAUACUUCAGGCAAAAAUGGAACAGUUUGAAGGCCCGCCUCCAAACUACAUUAACACAUAUCCCAAUGAUUUCUCUAAUGUUGGUGGACCAGCUAUUCUGCGACACAAAGCAAUGCUUGAACCAGAAAACACUCCAUUCAAGUCAAGGCAUUAUUCCACAUUCCCUGUUAAAAGGCUGUGGUACUUCCUGAUCAAACAAGAAAUUCUGCAAGACACAUUUAUAAGAUUUAUAUUCACAAAGAAAAGAAAGCAAAGUGAGUCAGUAGAAGACCAUGUGGACCAAGUCAAACAAAACUACGUCAGGGAACAUCGUGGAAGCAACAAGGUUGAAGCAGAUAUGGGAUUUCCUGGUGGAAAAUCCAAGAUUAUUCAUAAAGAUUCUGAUGCCAUCAUGGCAUUUGCAAUUAAUAAGGCAAAUUCCAAUGAGAUAGUUCUGGCUUCGACACAUGAUGUGCAAGAACUUGAUAUAUCUGCGAUUCUAGCUGCUCAGCCUUUUACCUGGAUUGGUGAAGAUUCAGACAGAGAUUCUAGAAGUUCUGAUGAUCUUGAGCAUCGCUCAGCGGGGAGCACCAGCCAAACAAGUACAACUCAUUUUGGAUCCAGCCAGCUUUCUAGUUCGUCUUCAAUGCCUUGGCUAGGAAGUGGGCAAACCAGCACAGGAGCCACUGUGAUCAUAAAGAGAAAUUUGAAUAAUGUGAAGAGGAUGACUUCUCAUCCAGCUCACCGAUAUUAUCUUACAGGUGCACAAGAUGGAAGUGUCCGUAUGUUUGAAUGGAAUCGGCCGCAGCAGGUUAUAUGUUUCAGACAAGCUGGCAAUGCCAGGGUUACCCGACUUUAUUUUAAUACCCAAGGCAAUAAGUUGGGAGUGGCAGAUGGCGAAGGUUUUCUCAGCCUUUGGCAAGUCAACCAAACUGGAUCUAAUCCCAAACCUUACCUUAGCUGGCAGUGCCAUAGUAAAGCUGCUGGUGACUUUGCAUUCAUUACCUCUUCAAGCCUCAUAACCACAGCGGGGCAAUCCAAUGACAACAGAAAUGUUUGCCUUUGGGAUACACUGAUUUCGCCACAUAACAGUCUUGUGCAUGGCUUUGUCUGCCAUGAAAAUGGUGCCACAGUGCUUCAGUAUGCACCAAAACAGCAACUUCUUAUCUCUGGGGGCAGGAAGGGCUUUGUCUGCAUUUUUGACAUAAGGCAGAGACAGUUGCUGCACACAUUUCAGGCACAUGACUCUGCAAUUAAAGCACUUGCUUUGGACUCUUCAGAAGAUUAUUUCAUUACAGGUUCAGCAGAGGGGAAUAUGAAGGUAUGGAGGUUAACAAGUCAUGGAUUAAUCCAUUCAUUUUCUAAUGAACAUGCCAAACAGUCAAUCUUUCGCAACAUUGGUGCAGGAAUUGUACAGCUGGAAAUCCGGCCAGCCAAUCGCAUCUUUUCCUGUGGAGCAGAUGGAACUUUGAAGACGCGAGUUUUGCCAGAUUAUUUUAAUAUCCCAACUGGAAUGUUUGACAUCUUGUAGUUUACUGGGCUUAUUCUGGUUUCUGGCUAUUAAAAAACAUGGGCAACUCCCAUAUAGUGUGGGAAUGCACAAGCUAUUAGAGCGUGCUUUAUGUUUGAAUGGAAAAGAGAUCCUAGGUUCAGCUCUGUGCAGAACACUUCUAUUAGUAUCAGAUCUUGGAAGACUUGAAAUAUAUAUGAAGAAAGUCAUUUGAAGAAGUGUAGUGUGGCUUUGUGAUUUAAAGGCUUAAGAAUCCAUAUUAUAAACCCAUAGGACAGACAUGCAUGUACUGUAUUAUUACUUUUAAAAGCAAUGCAGUUGCAGGUUGUUGAUAAUGCAUUGUGAACACAAUGCAGAAUCUUUUGGUGUACUGUAAGUGAAUGGACAUUAAAAGUAUGUGCCCAUAGCUAAAAUCCAUCAGCACUGAGGAAAAUUGUAUGUAAUAAUGUAUUGGGAAAUCCCAUAUGUGAUGAUGGCGUGAGUUGAUUUCUAGAAUUUAAAUUCAUUAUUCUAUCUUUUGAAAGAAUUUUCAAUGUUAACACUGCAGCAGAUAAAUGGUCUUAACUCAAAGUUGCAAUGCAGAAAUGGGAUCCACUAUCAUUUGGAUGUACAGUUUAAUUUGACAAUUUAUAGAGAUUUCUUUUUAAUUUAAACACUCAAGUUAAAUCUAUUGAAUGAAGCAUUUAAUGCCUUUAUUGCACACUUCUUAAACCUACUGAGACUGUUGUACUUUAUUGCAAACUAUUCAUCAUAUUAUUGUGUAGUGCAGUCUAAUAAUGGCAUUAUAUAUCUAUACUUGAAAAGCAGAAAAACCAGAUGGUUUUUUUUUGUUCAUUUUGAAUUAGCAUUAUUGUUAGUUUAUCCAUUAAAUCUGAAUAUUGCACUAUAAUAUAAAGUAUAAUAUGAAGACAUUUGUAUUUAAAAAUGGAAGAAUCCUAUAAUGUGUAAAAGAUUUGGAUUUCCUUGGAUGAAUGUCUGGCUUAACUAGCCCAACACAUUAUGUAAUAUGCUGAACACUUAAGUUAUUUUAUUCUGUGAAUUAAGAUAACAUGCAAUCAAGAGCUGUGUAAGGUCUUCUAUUUUGCCUGUAUAUACUUUUUAAUUUAUUGUAUUUUUGUUUCCUGUAUGUACAUCUUGCUAAAAAUAGUAAGUAAAUCCUGAGGACCAUGAGAUAGUAUUUUGACACAUUGUCUGUGAAGUUGUCUUCUCAUAUUUUGUGUCUGUAUUCUGUAACAAAUUCAUUGCAUUUCUUUGUGGACUGAGCAAGGUAUGGUCUUUACACCUAGCGCUUUGAACUAUACCCAAAAUAGUUGUGCGUCCCAGUCUUUGUAAGAAUAAAUUUUUAAUGUGUGUA